AUGCAAGCAUCUCCUGCAUCUAUCGAGGGAGAGAAUGUAAAGAUACAAGCCGCCGCAGACCAUGUCGACGUUCCACCCAAUUCUCCCGACGACAGCAAUGUCAGCCUCUGGAGAGAACUGCGGGCAAUUAAGUGGAAGAAAUGGCUCGUCAUCAUCUCGCUGGGCUUCAUCUACAACAUGGGCAUCAGCAUCUAUCUUUGUCUCUCUCCAAUCAUUGGAAUUAUCAACGCCGACAUAGGCCCCGACCCUGCGUACAGCUGGCUCCCUACGUGCUGGACCGUGGCAACUGGCGUCGGCUUGAUCGUUGCCGGUACGCUCUCCGAUGUUCUCGGACGACGGUGGUUCGUCAUUGGAACAGGGGUUUUGGGGGUUGCAGGUGGUAUCUGUGGGGCAUUGGCUCAGAACAUUCCCACUGCACUCGCUUCCCUGACCAUUCUUGGCUUGAAUCACGCAGGAGCAAUGAAUACUCUUGCAGCCAUUGCUGAGAUCGUCCCCACUCGUCUGCGUGGCAUUAUUCUCGGCGCCGUCAAUGCAGGCAUAUUGGUCUGGGCAACAUGCGGAUCUCUGAUCGGACAUGAGGUUGCUGUCCACACCGCUCCAGGAUGGAGAACCUUGUUCUGGAUUAUUGUGGCUGCAAAUGGUCUCGCAACUCUGCUUGUGGCUAUAAACUACUUCCCGGCGAAGCCACUUGCUGCGGGAAUGAAGACUCGACGUCAACUACUGAAAGAGUUUGACUAUGUCGGCCUCGCUUUGGCUACCGCUGGACCAACCUUGUUUUUCGUUGGCAUCAAGUACGUUCCGACCUACGGGGCGAAGAGCGGAUACUUUCUGGGGCCUUUCCUUGCGGGUAUCGCUCUCAUGGUUUGUUUGGGAUGCCACCAGGCCUUCUAUGCUUCGAACCCUAUAAUGAAGCGUUUCCUUUUUCGACGCGUUCGCGAGUUUACCCUCAUUCUGGUCGUCGCGGCAGUGGGUGGAAUGCUCUUCUACUCUAUUGUCGCCUUCUUUUCGACAUAUCUUCGUGUCAUGUUCCAUGGGGACAACACAAGAGCAAUUGGGGUGGAUUAUAUGCCAUUUGGCGCCGGAACAAAUGUAGGAGGGGUGUCGUCUGCGUUGCUACUCCCUAUUAUCGCUCCCGUCAUUGGGACCAGGCUCCACCUCGCGAUUGGAGUCACGCUCCAGGUACUCUUUAUUCCACUGAUGUGUCUCCCAACUGCAAACUCGAGGGGCAUGGCAUUGGCCUUUUCCUUCUUCGCUGGGGCAGGUAUCGGCUGGGUCGAGCUGCUUACCAUUCUUCUAAUCCAGCUGGCAACCCCGGACGAGUGGAUCGGGGUUGCCACUGGGCUCCUGGGAAUGAUGCGGUCUAUUGGGGGAUCUGCUGGAUCCGCGGUCUAUACAACCAUCCUCAACAGCAGGAGCGCAGAUCUCAUUCCCGAGUACGUGGGCUCAGCUGCGCUCGAAGCAGGGCUUCCAGCAGGCUCUUUACGACAACUACUAGGGAUCUUGACCGGCGUCGUCACCGGCGAAAGCAUUACUGAUGUACCGGGCAUUAGUCCCAGCAUUAUCCAAGUGUCGACAAGCGCCUUGCACAAAGCAUGGAGGCAGGCAUUCCACUAUGUCUGGCUUACAAGUAUUCCGUUCGGCGUGAUUGCUCUUGGUUGCGCUAUCAUGACCAAAGAUGUAAGUGGCUCAGAAGUGUUUAUGGCUUUGAUGGUUUAA